UAGAAAAAUUAAUACAAUAUGAAAGUGAAAGACGUUUAAGGCCACUUAUAUGAGAGAAUAAACUGAAUGAUAAAUGCUCAUGUUGAAAGUUGAUAAGUAUCAUAGAGAGUUGUGCCCUCGCCUUGCCAAGGAUCCUGACCAAUUGGAAACAAGGGAUCAUGAUAGCUUGGACCCUCAAGACCCCGUCCAAAGGUUAUGGCAAAUAUCCCCAUAAUUUCACUGAUAUGAGUGCACAGAAUAUGAGAAUGAGAUUUCAUCUCAAUGUGCAAUAAUGUAAGAGAAAAACUUUUUUCCUUAUUCGAGAUGUAUUUCACCCAGCUCGACACAGGCUAUUAUCGCCCGGCUCUAAUGGAGAUGCGGUUGAUCUUCUCUUCUCUUCUAUAGGAGACUAGGCGGGGUGAUAGGAAACCAGUCGAUCUAGAUAAUGAGGCCAUCAUGGUAUUCUAGCAGCCUACAUAUUCGGAACAGCCAGGCCAAGGCAGUGGAUGGUGUCUUGACUCGGUCACCCGCCGAGAAGCUCCGAACCGAUCAAGAAAUUCUUGAAGAGGUUAAGAGACUUAAAGGGCAGAGUUGCGCAGACAAUAUUCGUAUACCUACUAAUAAACGCCACACCAAUGAAAGGAUAAUCGAGAAUUCUUAUUCCUGAAGAUAAGAUCUAGCCGUCGACCCCAAGCCACGCCGAGUCGGCCCAUUACCUCCUAGGUACGCCAUUAAGCAGUAGGCGGGCUUAUGUACAAUACGAGACACCGGCGCUAUGUAUAUAACAACAUGGAAAGCGUGAGACUGGGUGGCAAAAAGGAGGUAUAUUUACCCGACUAUAUAAUAGCAUCAAUUCGUAACUACCUAAAAUCCACGAGCAAUACCUUGAUUGACCAAUCGUG